GAUCUGUCGCACCUUCGGAAGCACACGCGCGAGGCUACGGCAGAGUUGGACAAGAGCUUUAACAAGUCCUUCGGCUCCCUCUUCCGUUCGGGAUCCAAGCAGAGCUUCUUCUCCAUGCAGGCACGCACCCUUCUUUUUGCGGUCCCCACGGACGUUCACCACAUCCCCUGCGUGCAAAGGUAUGCGGAUCUGUACACGGCGGACUACACCAACCUACUCAACUAUCCCCUGUUCUACACCUUCUACGCUCCUCCCUUCUAUCUCUCCCACGAGCGUGAGCAUGUCCUCUUCUAA